GGGAACGCUGUGUUCAGGAUCUGCAGAGAGCGAGAGGAGACACACGGGAGAUGUUGUUGUUGUGAACACAAUGACUUUGUGUUGACAGCAGAAGAGGUUUGGACACAGCAGGUAGUAGCUCAUCGGCAUCGAGGCCUUUCAUCCGCAGCUAUCUGCCGUGUUGUUUAACUUAAUCGUGUCCCUUUGUGUUCAAAUCGCCAUGUUUACUCAGCUCCGCUGUAUCAGCGGUGCUUCCUGUCCCAGCACAGCGUAGUGCGGUCACAACCAGGAAGUCUUGUUUAAAGGGUUACCACUAAAAGCCUUUAUUUUGAGUUUUAUUUGUACGCAUAGAUUUUUAAAAUCCUCAACAUACAUCAUAAAUGACAAAUAUGCACCAAAGGUCUUUCCAGCGAUCUUUCCAUUCCGCCUCGCUGGGCACCAGAGGACGUGCAUCAUCCAAAAAGAUGUUCUUAGUGACAGGAGCCAAGCGCACAGCAGACUCGGGCCGAGGGAACGAGAGGAGGUCGAUCUACCAGAGGUUUCGUGAGGUGGAUUUACUGGACAAAAAAAAGACGGUGACGGCGCUGAAGCCUGGAGAGGACCGGGCCAUUCUUCUGGGUCUCGGGAUGAUCCUCUGUUCCGUCAUGAUGUACUUUGUCCUGGGGAUCACGAUCCUGCGCUCCUAUGCAGACAGUGUGUGGACGGAGGAGAGUGUGUGCGUCGUCCUCAACUCCUCGGUGACAGCGGACGUGAACUGCUCCUACAACUGCGGGUCAGACUGCUGGAGAGUCUCCAAGUACCCCUGUCUGCAGGUCUAUGUGAGCGUCAAUAACACGGGCCGUGUCAGCCGUUUAUCCCACAAUGAAGACACCCAGGACACCGGCUCUGAAUGCUUCUACAUGCCCAGGUGCCAGAAGGACAGCGUGGCCAUGCACGCCGCGAUCCGAAACAUCUCCGAGCGCCUGAGGACGAGGCGGCUGAUCCCCUGCUACUACGACCCCAGCGAGCAGCAGGAGGCCGUGCUGCUGACGCGGCUGUACGACCACGCGGCCGUCGUCCACGCGCUGCUCUGGCCCUCCUGCAUGCUCGCGGGGGGGGCCCUCAUCAUCGUGAUGGUGAGGCUCACGCAGUAUCUGUCCAGGCUGUGCGAGGAGAUAGGGAAGAUCAAGAGGUGAAGCGUCCGGCAGCUGCGGGCGUCGGGCGCCCGCGGGUUGACGCGACGACGGACGUGGCGCGACAGAGGUUGCCGGGAGUCAACAGCCUUUUUGUGACCUCCUGCAAACCUUCUUUUUUGGCAAAGACAUUUGGAACAGCUGACUUUCCCUCUGAGGAUGUUUAUAAAAGUGAACUGAAUGUUCCAAAGGGAAAACUGUCAAACUUGUAACUGACAUUUAUUAUACAGAUACAGGGAAACAAUGGCUGGGUUUUACCUAAUGUUUACAAUGUAAAUGAUUCAGAGUUGAAUUGGUUACAAAGAUGUUUAUUACACUUUUAAUCUUACUACGGUGUUUAAUGAGCAUGUGGUUGAUUGGAAUGCUAUUGAUUCAAAACUUGUUUUAUGGGCCUUGUUUUGUGGUUGUUAAUGAUUGUGGAUUUUCUGUUGUCUUGAUAAUACCGUUUACUGACACUGUAAUGCUUCUUCCAUUUUAUACCCACUAUUCCAAUGACCAGGAUUAUGAAAUACAGUGCUUGUGCUCCAUGAGCCGA